ACCUGUCCAAAUUCGAUUGUACGGCCUGUCGCACGAGAAACAUCGACGGGAUCGAAAGGGCUCGCUGCUCCGUCCUACGGUAGGACUGGGAAUUAGACUAGAGCUCCGACUCUCGGCUUCGUCUCCCGCUGAUUCCAUGGUGGGGCUGCGCGCGAUCGCUUGAAUGGCGAGGCCUCUUCGAGGCGCUUGUUCUCUCAGACGCUUCUUGCUCAAAUCGGAGGGCCAUUGGGCAGGGCUAUUUAGAACUACUUCUCAAAUUUGCAACUUCUCUUCUGGAGGUAGGACGAGAUCCAGGUCUGAUGGGAGGGAGUCUAAUGAGGAGAAUAUUUCUAAGAAAGAUUUGGCCUUGCAACAAGCUCUGGAUCAGAUUACUUCCUCCUUUGGAAAGGGGUCAAUCAUGUGGCUUGGUCGAUGUGUCUCUCAUAGGCAAGUUUCAGUCAUUUCCACUGGCUCGUUUGCCUUGGAUAUGGCUCUUGGAAUUGGUGGACUUCCAAAGGGGCGUGUUGUAGAGAUAUAUGGUCCUGAAGCUUCAGGAAAGACAACACUUGCAUUACAUGUGAUUGCUGAAGCACAGAAGCAAGGAGGUUACUGUGUUUUUGUUGAUGCGGAGCAUGCUCUUGACCCUGCACUUGCUGAGGCUAUUGGAGUGAACACGGAGAAUUUGCUUCUGUCCCAACCAGAUUGCGGCGAGCAAGCUUUGAGUCUUGUGGACACUUUAAUAAGGAGUGGUUCUGUAGAUGUCGUUGUUGUGGACAGUGUAGCCGCACUUGUGCCAAAAGGAGAACUCGAUGGUGAGAUGGGGGAUGCUCACAUGGCAAUGCAAGCUAGGCUGAUGAGCCAGGCACUUCGGAAACUAAGUCACUCCUUAUCACUAUCACAGUCUAUAUUAAUCUUUGUAAAUCAGGUGAGAUCCAAGCUUUCGACCUUUGGAGGCUUUGGUGGACCCACUGAAGUUACUUGUGGUGGAAAUGCCUUGAAGUUUUAUGCUUCCGUGCGCCUAAACAUUAAGAGAACAGGGUUUAUCAAAAGGGGCGAAGAGACUACAGGCACACAAGUGCAGGUCAAAAUUGUGAAGAACAAGCUUGCCCCUCCAUUUAGAACAGUACAACUUGAACUGGAAUUCGGCAAGGGAAUAUGUCGGAAUUCAGAGAUCAUUGAUCUUGCAUUGAAGCACAAAUUCAUCACUAAAUCUGGGACAACAUAUGGACUAAAUGAUCUGACUUUCCACAACAAAGAAACGUUGAAACGGUUUUUGGACGGCAAUGAGAGCAUCCGCGAAGAACUUAUGACUAAACUCAGGGAAAAGCUCGUGGCCGGGACGGUUAAAGAUCCAGAAGACAAAGACCGAAAGCUGGAAGAAAUAGUUUCCACAGAUGAGGACUCGGCCACUGCAAUUGAAGCCUAGUUAUGUACGUGGUAACGUAACGGUUUCUUUCUUCUGCUGUAUCAUAUUGUACAUAUUCUGCAACCUGACUGUUAAUAGCUGAAGUUAUACUUAGGCUGACGAAUGCAAUUCCAGCUAUAUUGCACAUGUACCCAAGCUGGUAAGGUCGUUUUCGGUUGAAACGUCAUGCAAGCGAUGGAGUCUUCACAUCAUUUCCCGCAACAGUGACCGUCAUUUCCCCCCU